AUGAGGUUUAAUUUUUUAAUAUUAACAUUAUUAUCAAUAAUACCAUCUACGUUUGCAGCAGUUGAUAUUACAUCUCCAGAACAAGGUGAUCAAUUUUCAGGCACAUCAGGUUCAGCAAGUGUUCAAGUUCAAUGGAAAGAUGAUGGUUCAUCAGAUGAUGCAUUAUCAUUAGAUAAUGUAGAAUUUUAUACUUUAACUUUAUGUACUGGAUUAUCAGGUACUAUACAACCAACAAAAUUAGUAUUGAAAGAACAACAAUUUCCAUCCAAAACAGCAACAUUAAGUGUUCCACAAACUGAUUAUGCAAAUGGUUAUUAUUUUGUUCAAAUUUAUACAAGUUUUAAAAAUGGAGCAACAACAAUUCAAUAUACUCCAAGAUUUAGAUUAACAGGAAUGUCUGGAACUGCAGGUACUUAUAUUGUAACAGUAACUGGUGAUUCACCACAAGGUCAAACAAGUGGUUAUGAUCCUGCAACAAAUACUGAUUUUUCAUCAAGUUUUACUGUUCCAUAUACUUUACAAACAGGUAAAACAAGAUUUGCUCCAAUGCAAAUGCAACCUGGUUCAACAGUAACUGCAACUACUUGGACAAGAAGAUUUCCAACAAGUGCUGUAACUUAUUAUACAACAAAACAAAAAUCUCCAGUUGUAAUGUCAACUAUUACACCAGGUUGGAGUUAUACUGCAAGUUCUGAAGUUAAUUGGGCUUCUGUUGCUCCUUAUCCUACAAAUUGGUAUGCUGCAAGUGAAAGAAAAGUAAGUCAUGCUUCUAUUACUGCUACAAAAAAGAAAAAAAGAUGGUUAGAUUAA